AUGGCAAUCAGGUGCCUAAGGCAUCUGCUUCUCUUGGCGCUUUGGCGGCCGGGUGCGGCGCAAGGCACAAAAGCAAGCUUGGGGAUUGGAGUGGGAAGCAGAUUGGACUCAGUGUUUGAUUCCGCCGAUGCCGACCAGGAUGGCGUGCUAUCUCAAGGGGAGAUGGCAGUCUUCAACCAGCAAGGUGAAGCACUGGUCGGCAACUUCGCACUCGUGAAGCCCUUUGAGGUGACUUUGUUCUCAGAGGCAGACUGCAUGGGUCAAAACCGCACUGUGGAUGGCUCCAGCAACGAAACACGCUGCUCCAAGUGCUUCGAUGCUUGCGGCCAUGACUUCGAAGGAGGUGGAGCCAUGGCAGUGAUGAGCAGCAGUUCCACGACCGGCGUCGAGUCCAAGGUGCGCUCGCUGCGCGUCAGUUCCGGUGCGCCGCAGGUCGUGGUAGAUCUCUGCCGUGGCAGCUACAACUACGGCGUGGCUGGCAUGGAGGCCACAAGCGUCCGCUCGUCCAGUGCCGGAUGCAUGAACUUUCCAGGCUCCGGCCCAGCCCACGUGGCAGCACUGCCACAGGAGGUGGCCGAGCUUGUGGCGAUGGUCUUCCUCAAGGCAGACACGGCCCCGUUCGACGAUCGGCUGACAGCGUCGGAGGCCACUGUGGCAGGGCUGGCGCCUCUGGUGCAGGCGGCGGAUGCGGACAAAGAUGGAUCGUUGAGUACGGAAGAGUAUGCCACCCUCCUUGUGCACGACGUGGUGCGCCGCUCACGUAAGGACGCCUCCUUCAUGUCAGCAGCUGCCAUGGAAGCGGCUGCUGAAACCUUGGCCAUUGCAGAACUGGCAGCCAGUGGCCAAGACCCUGCUGCCGCGACGGAGCAGGCAGAUGCUCAGCUCUUCUUCGGAGCGGAGUACUCCGAAGAGAAGGAGGACCCUGCCCAGGGAAUUCCUACCACAACACCGGAGCCGCAACGAGAUGCGAAUGGCAACAUCAUUCUGGCCGGAGGUCCCAGUGGAGAGGACUUCGGAGAUGUGAAGGAUCCCUCACCGGUGGACGGUCUCUAUGAUCCUCAAACUGGAGAAGUCAUGAUGUGCGUGAACGGCAAAGAGUUUCAUGCUGGGCUUUGCUACGAUUACUGCAAUUUCGACUACACGCUGGCGAUCUUGAGCCUCUGCUGGAAGGAGGAGUGCCCAUCAGGCUGGUUUGAGAUCGCUGGUGGGUUCUGCAAGAGAAGCGGGUGGAAUCUUGAUACGAAGCUGAUGGAAAGUUAUGACCGUGGUCUGGGCGAGUUGCCAUCGACCUGUACUUUGGGAGACUCCUUUGGUCCAGGGAGAAUCGUUGACGAUGGAAUCCGUGACUUCACCGUCAUAUUUGUCUCGGACACCCAGCUGCCCUGGUGUGGUGACAAGCCUAGGGGGAACAUGGGCUGCGCCAUGGAAGAGAACUUUCGGAUUGUACAAGGGAUCCACGAAGUUCGGGAGCUGAAGUGGGUCGUGGGCGAGGAUUUCAACGCAUCCGACGAACAGGUUCAGGAACCCCUUGGGGUACACAUCACCGGCGAUCUCACGGCCUUUGCGCAUCCCUACCAGUUCCAUGCCUAUCGGAAGAUUUGGGAAACGCGGCCGGGAGAGGAUCCGGACAAGAACCUGAAGUUGCCUAUGUGGCCAGGCCUUGGCAACCACGACUAUGCCAACAAUCUUGGCGACUGCCUGUAUAUCGAGGAGGAGCCCACUUGGUCCGGCUACUGGCGUGCCUCCUGCGCUCAGCGCAUGAUUGCGUACAUCCGCUCUGCCGUGGGCGGGUGUGAUGGCCGGACUGUGGUGAACAAUUUCGGAGGUGCGCCAAGGAGAGCUCGAGCCAAACGAAGUCGGGCGGUGCGCCGCACGCGACUUGCCAAAGCUGCCCACCUGCUCCCGGCUCGCCGGGAUACUGCUCUACUGCGAGAACACCACGGACAUCGCCCUCAGAUGAGUGGUCAAGACAAAUGGACCAAAGAACAGUGGAGACAGUACGGCCAGUACGGAGGCAGAGGAAAAGGUGGAUAUGGAGGUGGCUAUUGGCGUGGGGCCUAUGCUGCCAGAUCGCCGAAGAGCGAACGUGCAGUCUUUCCUGCAUACGACCACAAAAAGCCUGGCGGAUAUGGCCGGUCGGAAGCCGACGAGGAUGUGGCUCCUCCUCUCACUUACGCCAAUAUGCUUCAGCAGCGUCUGAAUGCUACGAGGAAGGCCGAACAGAAGGUGCAGAAUGUCGAGCAGUCCAUUGUCGACCGCAAAAAACAAUGGGCCGAAUGGGAAGCAGACAUGAAGAAGUCCUUCACUACCGAGUACAACCGCUUCCAGAACGAGUUGAAGCGUUUGGACGGUGUGAAGCGUCAAGCCCUGGAUGUUCAAGAACAGGCACGUGCCGAGCUGGUGGCGGUAGCGCAUGGCUAUCAGCGACAGCCUCAGACGGAUGUUGGCGAGCGGCGAUGGGAGGAGGCUUUGACCAGCUGGAGAUCCGAAGGCCCCGACAUGGAUUCAGAGGCCCUACUCAAGCGUGCCCUUGCAGCACAGCGAGGUCCCUCGGACACCAUGAGUGGUCAAGCCUGUCGCCCGCCGGAUGUACCCAUGGAGCCGGCGACAGGUCGGCACCCGAUGGAUGCCAAGGAUUGGUUCGGCGAUGGUCAUAUGGGGGGCCCGCACGCGCCUAUGGGCUUGAUGUCCUACGGUGCUGGACCUCCCCCGGGACUACAUCCACCUCCAGCCCAUACGGAGGCGAACCUACUACGCGACCCUUACAUGUGCUCUCCGAGCACUUCGGCAGGCCCCACAGCGUUCUCGCCUAUGCAGUCACCGGGGUCCAAGGCACGUCGCGAUCUUGCGGCUCAGCAUCGAAGCAGCCCUUAUGCGACGCGGGACAAGGACGAGAUUGCUCUGGAAGCUCGCUUGGAGGAGAAGAGAGCUGCUGCGAUGAAAGCAGCUCAGGUGGCCGCGGAACAGGCGGCUCUGGCAGUUGCAGAGACCUCGACUCCAGCAGGGAUUGGUGCCGCGAUGCGCCCCUUUGGGCUUCCUGCCCGGCCUCCGGAGAACCCUACAGGGCAGCUCUUGACAGGGCAGAAGGUAUCGGUAUUCGAGGAGGACGACGACGACGAGCUCACCGAUCCUCCGGAGCCUUACGGGUGA